AUGGCACUCUCAAAAGCAACUCUCAUUGCUGUUUUGGCUCUGGCCUUCGCUGUCCUCUCCGUUCAUGCUGCCGCUCCGGUGUACGCUCCAGCUCCUGCACCAACCGCCGCUGCUGCCGGGAUCUCUCCUUCCUUGGGCUCCGUUUGUGUCGCAGCCGUAGUGGCUCUCUUUUUGGAUAUGGACUCAAGAUCUGAAGAGAGUCAAUCAUUAAGCGGUGGCUUGCAGCUUGCUAUUGCAAAUCGACACAUAGACACUUCCUUUUUGUUUACUGCACUCUCCUCUCUGGCGUAG